AAUAGUAGUAAGUUAAUAGCGAGAUUAGCGGAAUGAAAUUGCGCAAGAAUAUGCGCUACUUUUCCUUUUCUUUUGCCUUGACUUAGGAGAAACUGCAAAACAAAUUGUUCUUAUCUUAGCCAAACACACAACAACUAACUCCAUUUGGAUUAGUUUCAAAGAAACAAGAAAAUGGAAACAGAGAAUCAUAAUUCCUCAAAAUCAAACGGUAUUAUUAUUGGAGGAGGUGGAGGAAGCAACCUUUAUGUGAAAGUGAUGACCGAUGAACAAUUGGAACUUCUCAGACAACAAAUUUCUGUCUACACCACCAUUUCUGACCAGCUUGUUCAGAUGCAUAAAUCCAUCACCACUCAACACGACCUUGCAGGACUAAGGUUGGGUAAUUUGUACUGUGAUCCACUGAUGGCAUGCUCUGGACACAAGAUAACAUCUAGGCAGCGUUGGACACCGACGCCUAUCCAGCUUCAAAUACUCGAGCGGAUUUUCGAUGAAGGCAAUGGAACUCCCUCUAAACAGAAGAUCAAAGAUAUAACCAAUGAACUCGGGCAACACGGCCAAAUAUCCGAGACUAAUGUUUAUAAUUGGUUCCAGAACAGAAGAGCUCGUUCAAAGCGAAAACAAUUGGUUCCUACAACAAAUCAAUCUGAACCAGAGCCAGAGACAGAAGUUGAGUCUCCAAAAGAGAACAAAACACACGAAGAAUGCGACCGUGUUCAAUUCUUGGAGAAUUUAUCACCUCAUAGUAUCAAGGAUAUGUACAUUCAAAGUCCUGAUAUAGCAGGAUUUGAGCACUUGUUGAGUAAAAUUGAAGUUUCAGGCUCCUAUAGUUCGUAUUUUCUUUGAGAAACGACCGAUUAAAGACAAAAUUCUCGAAGAAAUCUCUCAGCUUGUUUAUGAUACUGUUAUACAUAGAGUUUUCAUCCAUGAUUGUACUUAACAUGCUUGUCAUCCAUGUUAUAGAGUAGAAUAUCAUCACAUGGCUUCUAUAUUCAUCAACAUGUGACCUUGUCUCAUUUACUUAUAAUAAAACUCCAUGCAAUGAUUUGAUAAACAA